AUGAAUCUUAAUUUAGGUUAAAAUUAAAUCAGCGAUGAAGGGGCAUGUACUAUUGGUUUAAGUUUAGGGUAUUGUAAAAUGCUUUAGUAAUUACAAUUAGAUUUGAGUUCAAAUAAAAUUGGUUUUCUAGGAGGUUCCUGUAUUGGAACAGGUUUAAGUUAAUGUACUCUCAUGGCCUCUUUAUAAAUCUAUUUAUACUAAAAUUAAAUUGGUGGUGAAGGUUCAAGUGCCAUUAGCGAAGGUUUAAGCAACUGUUAACAUCUAGAAUCAUUAAAGUUAGAUUUAUCUUAGAACAAUACUGGAAGUAAAGGGGCAUCUGGCAUCCAAAGUUGCUUGAAAAAAUUAACUAAACUUACUACUCUAGAUUUGGGUUUUUAUGAUAACAAUAUAACGGAUGAAGGAAUAGUAGACCUUUGUAAAGGUCUAAGGAAUUGCAAAAAUCUUAACUAAUUAAAGUUAUAUAUGCACGGAAACUAAAUUGGUGAUUAAGGAAUAUCUAGUGUAGGGAAUUGUUUGAUGAACUUCUCUAAAAUAAUAGAUUUUUAAUUUUGUUUAGAGGAUAAUUAAAUUUAAAAUUAAGGACUAAUUGAUAUAGCAAAAGGAUUGAGCUAAUGCAGUCAGCUUAAAAAUUUAAAAAUUUCACUACCGAUGAAUUAAAUUGACGAUAAAGGAAUUAUUGGUUUUGGAUAAAACUUAAGUCAUUGCAGCAAUCUCUAAAGUCUAAAUUUAGAUAUAUCAGAAAAUAAAAUAACUAAAUAAGGAUACCUCAAUUUAGACGAAUGUUUGAGUUCUUUAAAAAAAUUAACUUUUUUAAAAUGCCUACUAAGUAAAAGAGAAUAAUUACUAAAAUCAAGAUACAUGAUUAACUGUAGAAAUAUAAAGACUCUAAAGCUAAAUCUAGAAUUUUGCAGAGAAUAAGAAUAGGUAUGGCAUAAGAAAAAUGCACUCAAAAUCAUAAGAUUAGUUGAUCUUAUAAUUUAAUUAAGCUGA